AAACCGACUUCGCCGGAAGUUGAGGGUUGGGUGACGUUGGGUUUCGACUGAGAAAAACAGCUGCUGCGAGUUGACGGAAGAUUGGGAGAAAUCAUUGCGCUGGUUUUAAUUUAAUCCCGUGGUUCGGAGUGAGCAGUGACGGGAAGAACUUGGGGGGAAACCCCGAUCGCAUUGGAAAGACCUCAUUCUUUUUACAAGUUGGCAGCACUCUGAACCGCAAAAAUGGUUCUAGCUGAUCUGGGUAGGAAAAUAACCUCAGCCUUGAGGUCUCUCAGUAAUGCCACCAUCAUCAACGAGGAGGUUUUAAAUGCUAUGCUUAAAGAAGUCUGUGCGGCACUGCUGGAGGCUGAUGUGAACAUCAAGUUGGUAAAACAGCUCAGAGAAAAUGUCAAGGCAGCCAUUGAUCUGGAGGAUAUGGCCUCUGGGCUGAACAAGAGAAGGAUGAUCCAGCAUGCCGUUUUCAAGGAGCUUGUUAAGCUUGUCGACCCUGGAGUUAAAGCUUGGACUCCCACAAAGGGCAAAAACAAUGUUAUCAUGUUUGUGGGACUUCAGGGCAGUGGGAAAACCACAACAUGUUCUAAGUUGGCAUAUUACUUCCAAAGAAAAGGAUGGAAAACAUGUUUGAUUUGCGCAGACACAUUCAGAGCAGGUGCCUUUGACCAACUCAAGCAAAAUGCAACAAAAGCCAGAAUACCUUUUUAUGGCAGUUAUACAGAAAUGGAUCCAGUCAUUAUAGCAGCAGAAGGUGUGGAAAAGUUCAAGUCUGAAAAUUUUGAAAUAAUCAUCGUGGACACCAGUGGCAGACAUAAACAGGAAGACUCACUCUUUGAAGAAAUGCUCCAGGUGUCAAAUGCUGUGCAACCAGACAAUAUAGUGUACGUGAUGGAUGCGUCAAUCGGUCAGGCUUGUGAGGCUCAAGCUAAAGCCUUUAAAGACAAGGUAGAUGUGGCCUCUGUUAUCGUCACCAAACUGGAUGGCCAUGCCAAGGGUGGUGGUGCGCUCAGUGCUGUGGCAGCCACAAAAAGCCCCAUCAUAUUUAUCGGUACAGGCGAGCACAUUGAUGACUUUGAGCCUUUUAAGACUCAGCCUUUCAUAAGCAAACUGCUUGGCAUGGGUGAUAUUGAAGGACUGAUUGAUAAAGUAAAUGAACUAAAGCUUGAUGAUAAUGAGGAGCUAAUUGACAAGCUCAAACAUGGUCAGUUCACACUCCGAGACAUGUAUGAACAGUUCCAGAACAUCAUGAAGAUGGGACCUUUUGGUCAGAUCAUGGGUAUGAUCCCAGGCUUUGGAACAGAUUUCAUGAGUAAAGGAAAUGAGCAGGAGUCGAUGGCCAGAUUAAAGAAGCUCAUGACAAUAAUGGAUAGUAUGAACGACCAAGAACUCGAUAACAAAGAUGGUGCCAAGCUCUUCAGUAAGCAGGCUAACCGAAUCCAGCGAGUGGCCCGUGGAUCUGGAGUGGCACCCAGGGAUGUACAGGAGCUGCUUACACAGUACACAAAGUUUGCUCAGAUGGUUAAGAAGAUGGGAGGCAUUAAAGGCUUAUUUAAAGGAGGCGACAUGUCGAAAAACGUCAACCCAUCACAGAUGGCUAAACUGAACCAGCAGAUGGCUAAAAUGAUGGAUCCCAGAGUACUUCACCACAUGGGUGGCAUGGCCGGACUGCAGUCUAUGAUGAGACAGUUUCAGCAGGGAGCUGCUGGUAACAUGAAGGGCAUGAUGGGAUUUAACAACAUGUGAACAUUUGAGCGUGCGAGCUGAUAAUGUAAAAGAAUCAAAUAGUGUACCUGGGUUGAUAAAAGUGGUUUGAAUCUUAUGUCUUGCCACAAGUAAUUUAAUUAUUUAAAGGGUGUAAAACAUUUAAGGCUCAUUUACAUGUAAAGCCCAGUGUUACUGCAGCAGGAUGGACAUUGGGGACUGUUAGAAGAAAUCUUUCUUCCUGAGAUCAAUCAAGUGAUGUUUAAAAUGUCUUGAUUGAUGUCAGAUUGUUCCACUUUGCAAAUAAACACACAGUUUGCCAGGGUCUGGAGACUGGCCACUUUUCAUCUUUAAACUGGGAUAAAAUAUAAAGUAUACACAUUGUAAUUUUACAGUAAUCGCUAUGACCACGGCAAAAAUCUCCACACGUAGAAAUCAUGAUUUAUUGUAUAAUUGACUGUUUUUGAUUUCUAAGUUUGCCAUAGAAGCGCUUUGGCUUUGUAUCGGAGAUAAAUACACUAGAUGCAAAAUAGUAUGUGGUAAUAUUUUGUCAUAAUGUUAUAAUAAAAUUUAUAUGGCAACA